ACAGGCGCGAGCGUCUCACUGGCGACGCGUUCCUCACGUCCACGCCUCUCUCAUCGCCGGGCGAUAUUUAAACACCCCACCGGGCGCAUCGCGCGCACUCACGAGCUCAGGAGCAAGACACAGCCCGUGCAUUAACGAGAGGAAAUCUGUCUUACAUCGGAGUUUAACACACAAGGACUACAGAAGAUGAAGUCUCAAAAGAUGAAGCCAGAGAACAAAUCCUUUCUUGAGGACGUUGGCGAUCUGAACGCCGUGUUGUGUGAAUUCGACGCGGUCAUCGAGGACUUCUCGUCUCCUGUGGAGAAGCGACACUUCAGAUAUGAUGAGCACUUGAGAACCAUGAAGAGACGGAGCAGCGCGAGCGUCAGCGACAGCGGCAUCAGCGACGCCGAGAGUGCAGAGUCCUUGAGCAGUUUCAGCUUCAGUGAUGAGAAGCUCAACUCUCCCAGCGUCUUCUCCACCUCAUCAAACGGUCCUUUGGUCACAUCUCCUAAACCUAAACUUGGAGACACUAAAGAGCUGGAGGACUUUAUUGCUGACCUUGACAAAACAUUAGCAAGCAUGUGAGUAAGAGACGGGAUGACUGGGGCCCACCACACUGUAGCUCUGCUGGGGGACGCCAGCCAGACCGUGCCGGAUAAACCUGAAUCACUGUGAAGAUGGAGAAGACAUGGUCAGGGUUUCACAUGCUGAACGAUGCCGUUCGAGAAGGCUUGGUGUAUACUUACGCCCAUACAAAACAAACUCAAAUACAUAUGCGUAAGAAAGACUCUUUUGACAGGAAUGGCUUGAGCUGUAAGAUUAUUUAAAUCGCUUUUGUAUAGAAAUAUAUUUUUGGAUUUUAUAGAGUCCGUUCUUAAUGUAAAUGUAUCUGUAAUACCAUUUUGUGAAUUUAUAUUUUUGUAUUUCAUGUAAAUAUUGUUUUAGACUCUGUCGCCUUGCUAUAAGCCUCUUCUGCCACAUGGGAAUAAACGUAAUUCUUAAUUCAUUAGGAAAACUGGAAAAGCAAUAUGACAUGUAUUUAAUACAACUAAUGUCUUCAAGAGA